AUGCCCAGCUCCCUUACCAACGCCAAUGGGGAACACAGCAUCGUCGAGCUCUUCAUCCCGGUUCCGGAGGAAUUAUCACGAGAGAAUUCAUUUAGACGGCACAUUGCGACUCGCAACUUCUUUGCCUUCCUUCUGGGUAAACCACUCGUAGGCGAUCAUAUGGGCCAAGCAUUCGUAGACGUCCAGGAACGGUUACACCACUUCCGUCCAAGUCAUCCAAACAACCACCAAGACUUUCUGGACUACGCUGAGAACCAAGGGUACCGGGAUCUGGUGGAGUGCACGGACUAUGCUCUUGCAAGCCUCUACUACGCAGAGCACUUCAAACUUAGAGACAUCUGGGUCGAUGCAUUUUCCCACUGCGUCGGUAUGAGCGACAGCUUAGUUCUCAGUCCGGAAUACGUUCUGACUUCGAAGCUCACUAAAGCAUUGAUCACCCGCGCACAUCUCGAAGUUGACGGCCAUCUCGGGCGCGUAUCGACCGCACUGAGCAGGUUUCUACAGGAAGACCUCUCGCCGACUCACCUCGGAUUGACGGACGGUGCUAGGAGCCAUCUCGAUCGGUUCCGCCGCUUCUUGCAUACCUUCUACGUGGACAAAUUUGGCUAUUGGCCACCACCACGGGGUGCCGCUUUCCCGAAAGCUCUGUACAAGUCUAUGUACUAUGACUUCCAGAACCUGUACGACUACCUCGUAGACACCGACUCGACUGCCGAUAUCUCCUCCCAAAGACCAGCUAGCGGUGGCAUCUGUGUCUUGCAGAACAUUGCAACGUUCGAUCAACGACAUGGCUUCAAGUCUCAGCCGCACCCGUUACCUCUCCUACCAACAUACACUUCGCCACUGAAGAGAACAAAUUCUCAGAAAACGAACUCUCAAAAGGCCUUGAGACAGCUGGUUCUGGCCUCGCAGUACAACAAGACGCAUGUACAGGACACCAUGCAUGGUGCUCUAGCAGCGGCAACGAACGUUUUAGAGCCCAGUGCGAUGGAGUCCAACAUCGUGCAGGCAUAUAUCCACUUUGAGAAGGCGCAUGCUACCAGCCCCAGUCAACGCCAGGGCAAGGUAUCAGCAACAGAUGCGCGUAAAGUCAGGUGGCUCUUGAUCUAUGGCACUCUCCAGUAUCUUGUGUCCGCUCUGAGGGCGCCAAAAGAAGUUCGCGAUACUGAAAGCCCGGACCCUACUCGUAAGGUCAGCGCUGCAGAAGAGAAUGGGCUUCUGGGUGGACUUGUCUCUUUUGAGUCACCUGGCACUAUGUCACUCACGGCACAAAGCCAUAUACAUCCUCUCCUACGACAACAGUCCCCUAAAGCCGACUUUGAGUUUGGUUUCGAGAAGAACGAGUCAGAAGUCAAUCAUGAUGUCCAUGAGAACUCCCAAGUCGACUCAACCAUUGGUAUGGCUGUCUCCACUCCGCCGUCGCCCACCCGACCCCGUAUGAAUCUGUUUCCCGACACACGACCCACUUUCACUGCCGAAGAGGCACGCGCUCUCAUUGCCGAUAAGAGACCCAAUCUUCCGUAUCGAAACAGAUCCAAAUCUACCUCGUCAGUUUUGGAUAAUGCCACAUCGCCGGCGAAAGAUUCAAGGUUCUCCACGCCUGUGAGCACGACACCCACCGGCUACUGGGAGCAAUACAAAGCGACUCUCACACAACAAAAAGCACGAACCAAUCCUGGAUCACCGACAGGUCCUACUUCGCCAUCCAUGGCCAAGAUUCCGACCGCCUUCAAAGCGCCCUUCUCGCGACUCAGACCCCGCAACGAGGAAGACCGCGGCGUCAAGACAGAGCGCCGAUUGUCAACUCUUUGGCGACACUAA